AUGAAGUUUGUUGCCGCGUUGGUGCUCUGCCUGAUGGCAGUGCAUGCGGCACGUCAUCAUCGGAAGUCGAGACAGACGUGUAAGUUAUUCGAAAAAUCAAUCAAAAAGUGUUCGGUUUCAGGCGGGGUGUGAAUAGGGCACUUAGAUCUCGGAACUUAUCCGACCCUUUUCACAUCUCUGAAUUUUUAGAAUAAAAUAAACCUUUAAAACAUCCAUCAAAUAUUUUUUAGAUCAAGAUGUAGAUGAUUAUGACUAUGAUGCUAAUUCACAAAAAGCUCAAGAACAUCAAGACCCAGUGACUAUCCAAAUCACCGUGUUCCCAACAGAAAAAGAAGUUCGAGAAGGUCGCGAUGUUUCAUUCGAAUGUCGUGCCCGAACAUCUGACAACUCAGCUUAUCCAUCAACAAGUUGGACAAGAGAAGGUGGACCACUUCCAAGAUCUGCUCACGAUUCGGGAAGUCAAUUGACAAUCAACCCGGUUGCUUUGAGCGAUGCUGGAACCUAUAUCUGUAUUGCUACACACAAUGGACAAACUGUUGAAGCUAAAGCUGUUUUGACUGUUGUCACAUGUAAGUUUAUACAUAGAGUUGAAAGGGGUAAGACUAGCCUUGUGAUAUUCAGAAUUCCAGUCGGGCGUUCCGAAAGACUUUAUUGCACUAACCUAAAAAUAACACCUCUGAUAAAACAUUAAAAAAGUGCAAGCCAUUUUUUUAAUGUGCUCGUUUAUUUUAUUUCCAAAUCAACAAUUUCUUAUCAUCAUCGGAACCAAAAUUAUUUUCCAAAUUCCGAAACACAACAGCAAUAUCAUAUCUUAUCAAAUAUUUUUCAGACGGUCCACAAACCAACGGCCUUCGCCCACAGGGACAAUGUGAACGCGGUGAAAGAACUUGCGCUAAUGGUAUCGGUUGUUAUAAGGUCAGAUUAUCUGAAAAAAAACAAAUAGAAGUUCAAUCAUCAGAUUCUUUGAUUUUUUUAGGAUGAAUUUGUUUGUGAUGGUGAACGUGAUUGUGAAGAUGGAACUGAUGAACAAAAUUGCGGGGGUUCCUCAUCAGCUGCGAAGAUUUGCGAGCCGAACGAAUUCAAAUGUAACAACAAUCGAUGCGUUCAAAAAAUGUGGUUGUGUGAUGGAGAUGAUGAUUGUGGAGAUCAAUCUGAUGAACAAAAUUGCCGUAAGUUGUAUUUUUAUUGAAGUGAAAACUAACCAUACACGUUAUUUCGAGAGAAUUCUAAAUAAUUAGUUAGUUAGUUCUAGAAGUGGAAAAAUUGCCCGUGAUUCCCAUGUAGAUAUAUGAGUUCGGAAAUUCAGCGGGUGUUUUGCUAUUUUAAUUUACUCACUCUGAAAACCUAGAAAUAACGUGUCAAUCCUAUUGUUCAAAACUAAUAAUUAUUUAAAGGUGCUAUAUUUGGAAGAAAAUUCGGUAAGUGAAAUGCAUUGAAAAAAUUGUGACGUCGGUUUUCCUAUUGUUUGAGAUUUUUGAAAAUCGCAUGAGAAUUUCAAAAUUAUUUUAUUUUAAAAAUGAUUUGCGCAAGCAUGUUAUUCAGCUUUUUGGUUUUUUCCCUUUGUUUUUUUCAUUUUCUUAAAUAAUCGAAUUUUUAGAUGCCAAAUCAUCUGCUGAUGGUUGCAAACCAACUGAAUUCCAAUGUCAAGAUCGUCGUAAAUGUGUUCCAUCAUCUUUCCAUUGUGAUGGUACAAACGAUUGUGAUGAUGGUUCAGAUGAAAUUGGAUGUGUUCAACCAACAGUUGUUGAGCCACCACGAACAAAUAUUGAAGUUCCACGUGAUACUACUUUCACACUCAAUUGUAAAGCUGUUGGUGUUCCCGAACCAUAUAUUAAUUGGCGUCUUAAUUGGGGACCAGUUUGUGAGCCACCAAGAUGUCUUCAAACUUCCGAAGGAGGUUACGGUACUCUUACAAUUCAUAAUGCUCAGUGAGUUUCUAUUUUUUGACAUUAGAGAUAGGUUCUAGAUAGUAGAAGAGGGGAUCAAUUGCAAACCGGUUUUCACACUUUUUCAUUUUAAUUAAACGACCGAAGAUGUGGCUUAUCAUAUUGGCAAAUGGGCAAUUAGGAAGAGAAAGAAAUUAUCAGACCAGUCAUUUAUCAUAAAUAUGUAUAUCUGUGGGAAAUUAUUGCAUUUUUAUUAAUAAUUUUUGAUUGUGGGGAAGAGGGGGAAAGUGAGAAAGGGAUUGAUUACAUUAUUCGGAAAGUUGGUAGUAAAUAUGAAUUCUUUUGCAGACCUGUUGAUCAAGGAGCUUAUACUUGUGAAGCAAUCAAUGUGAAAGGACGUGUUCUCGCUACUCCAGAUUGUAUUGUUCGAGUUGUUGAGCAACCAUUCCCAACUCGUCCACCACCAACUCCACCAGCACAAAUCGCGAAAUGCGAUACAACUGGAUCUGUCUCGCCAUAUCCAAAUCAUUAUGGUCAAUGCGAAUGCAAACCACAAGUUACUGGACCAAAUUGUGAUCAAUGUAAACCAGGAAGCUUCCAUUUGUCACCAAAGAGCCCAGAAGGAUGUUUGAAAUGUUUCUGCUUUGGAAUUACUAAUCAAUGCAGAAGCAGUGGAUACUACAGAACAAAGGUUAGUUGUCAAAAGUUACUUUUUAUGUCUGUACAUAGUUUAAAAUGUGUUUAAAUGUUGUGCAAUCAAAUAUAUGUAUUUUUCAGGAUGCUGCUUGUGUAAGUGUUGUCUCGUCCAAGAUGUGUGAACUCUUUUUGUUAAUCUCUAACUUGUCUUGUUUUUUCUAACCACUGAAUGUUUUCCCUUCAUCCCUCUCGAUGUUUUAAUUAUUCUCAACAAAUUAUAUUUUUUCAGGAUCGUUUGAUGUUCGCUGGAGAUUCUGAAGGUGUUACCAUCUCUGACGUUGAAGAACGAACAAUUGAAAGACAACCAACCUACUCAUAUUCCAAGACUGGAUAUUUGACAUUUGAAGGAACCACUGAUGGACUUACCAAAUACUGGAGACUUCCACAAAGAUUCUUGGGAGAUAAAGUCACAUCAUACGGUGGAAAGAUGGAAUUCGAAAUCGAAUUCAGUGGAUCUGGAUCUCAUAAUGGUGAACCAAUGGUUGUUCUCAAGGGAAAUCAAAAUAUUCUUGUUCAUCGUGUUCGUAACCAAGAACAAGUUUUGAGAUCUGAUAGUCCAGUAAGAAUUACUGUUGAAACCUAUGAAACCAACUACGAACAAUUGAACGGAGCUCCAGCUACACGCGAAGAUCUUCUUAUGGUUUUGGCUGAUUUGGAUUCAUUCUUGAUUCGUGCUACUCACGUCGAUCAACAAACAUCAACCAGUUUAGGAGAUGUCAGCUGGGAAAUUGCUGUAGACAGACAAACUCAAGAUGGACUCGCUUUGGAAGUUGAACAAUGCUCCUGCCCACCAGGAUACAUUGGAACAUCUUGCGAAGAUUGUGCACCAGGAUAUGAAAGAAGUGGACAUGGACCAUAUUUGGGAACAUGUGUUCCACAACAAAGACAACAACAAUGUGGAACUGGAGCUGUUCAACCAACAACAACUGGACAGUGCCAAUGUAAAGCAGCCGUAACUGGACCAAACUGUGAUCGUUGUGCAGCAAACGCUUUCGGCCUUUCCCCAUCUAAUCCACAAGGAUGUAUUCCAUGCUUCUGUUCUGGAGUCACUCAACAAUGUUCAGCUAGUAACUGGCGUAGAACUGUUGUUUCUAUCGAUUAUUCAAGAGGAGAUCGCGAUCAAUUGGAAUUAACCUCUGCUGACACCAAACAACCAUUCUCACCACAAUCACAUGCCGAAGUCACUGGACAACAAAUCGAAUUCAGAAGCUUCAAUGAAGCUCGAGGACAAACUUUAUAUUGGAAGUUAUCGGAGAAGUUCUUGGGCAACAAGGUUACCGCUUAUGGUGGAUCAUUGAAAUAUACUUUCAAAUUCUCUGGAAACGGAAAUCCAGAUAAUGGGGCUGAUGUUAUCUUGAAGGGUAAUGAUAUCGCUUUGCAAUUCAAGAGUCGUCAACCAAUUCAUGCUGAUAGAGAAAAUACUAUCGAAAUUCAACUCUUUGAAAAUCAGUGAGUUCCAUUUUUUUUCCCAACCAAAACAAAUGAUAUGUUUUUAGCUGGCAACGUGUUGAUGGUCAACAAGCCACUCGUGAACAUCUUCUUAUGGCUCUCGCUGAUCUUGACACUCUUCUCAUCAAGGCUUCAUACAAUGAUGAUUCUACUGAUUCUUCUCUUAUCUCGGUCAACUUUGAAUUCGCGGAACCACAUGGUCGUGGAAUCACUGCUGCCGAAGUUGAACAAUGUAUGUGUCCACCAGGAUAUGUUGGAACAUCUUGCGAAGAUUGUGCUCCAGGAUAUUCUCGUACCGGUGGUGGUCUUUAUUUGGGACUUUGUGAGAAGUGCGAAUGUAAUGGACAUGCUAGUCAAUGCGACAAAGAAUACGGAUAUUGUCUCGAUUGUCAACAUAACACCGAAGGAGAUCAAUGUGAACGUUGUAAACCAGGAUUUGUUGGAGAUGCUAGACGUGGAACACCACAAGAUUGUCAACCGGCUGCCACACGUGCUCCAUGUCAUUGCAACAAUCAUUCACCAAGAGGUUGUGAUAGUUUUGGAAGAUGUUUGUUGUGCGAACACAGCACCGAAGGAACUCAAUGUGAACGUUGUAAGAAGGGAUAUUAUGGUGAUGCUACUAAAGGAACACCAUAUGAUUGCACACCGUGUCCAUGUCCAGGUGCUUCUGAUUGUUAUUUGGAUUCUGAAGGUCAAGUCGCUUGCCGUAUUUGCCCAGCAGGACUUCAAGGAAAACUUUGUAAUGAGUAAGUUGCCCGAAGUUUCGUUCAUCAGAUCAGAAAAAUUUAAUAUUGUUUCUUUUUUUGCAGAUGUGCCCCAGGAUACACUCGCUCGAACAAACCAGCUGGACGUGUUUGCGAACCAAUUGGUCAAGUCAAUCCAGGAGAUAUUACUUUUGUUCCAAGACCAAAUGAAGGUGAUUCGCGUAACAAUCAUAGUAAUAAUAAUAACAGUGGUAAUGUUCCUUCGUCGUCCUCAAUUCCACGUCGACAACGUCGUAGACGUAUUCAUGUCCGUUCACGUUUCUAUCACCAAUAAUGUGUUGUUCACUACUACUACUACAACAAUUUGUUUUUUUUUCAAUAUUUUUAUUAUUAUUUCCUGUUUCAAUUCAAAUCAUGAUCAUUUUUGUCGUCUUCGUCACCUUGUUGUACUUAUAUGUUUUUCUCGUCUCCUAUCAUAUCACCACAGCAGUUUUUUGUGCUCAUAGGAAACUAUUUUAUGUUCUUUCACGUUCUAAUAUAUUCAAUCAAAAAGAAAUUGAUAAAUGUGUCGUUUCAAUGUUAUUUGUUGGUCCAGUCCAGUUUUUUCUCAUUUUUUUUUCAAUAUUCACAUUCACUAACAAGUUUAGCUUUGCGUGUGCGAAUUCUCGAACCGAAACAUCAAAUCGCCGAUGUUGGAGAAUCGAUUCAUUGGGUUUGCCAAGUUGUAUCUGGAUUUUCGGUAAUUAACUUUGUUUCAUUUUUUUCUAGCACUAACAUUUUUAACACUCGCGUGCUUUUCUUUCAGAGUGAACAUAUUAAUGUUGAAUGGUCAAAAGUUGGAGAAAUGUCUUUGCCGCCAAAUGCUAGAUCGUAUGAUGGAUAUCUUGUUCUAGAAGGAAUUGAGAAAUCAAACUAUGGGCAUUAUCGAUGUAUUGCAACAACAAUUACACAGUAUGCCACGGAUGAUGCGUGGUUGACUGUUCAACCAAGACAGAGUUUGUUUCUUUUUUCUCUAAGUUUCUCUAACAACAAAAACUUUUUUGGUUUCAUACCUGUUUGAUAUUCUUGAGUUUUUCCCAGUCAAAACGGAGUGAACAUUCCAUCUUUCCCUUUGCAUGGUUUUUGAUUUUCCUUUUGCAGUUGGUCGUCCUCCACAACCUGUGAUUGAACCACCUCAUCUUGUUGUUGAUGAAGGUGAUGCUGCCCAAUUCAGAUGUUAUGUUCCAGGAAUUCCAGAUUGUCAAAUUACUUGGCAUCGUGUAUGUUUUUUGUAUUGCAACCCUUGUUUACAAUUUUUCCUUUGUGUUUGUAGGAGAUUCUCGGUGGAAUCUUACCGCAUGGUGUGUAUCAGACUGGAAAUGCUCUCAAAAUUCCACAAGCACAAAUUCAUCACGCUGGAAAAUACAUUUGCUCAGCUACCAACAUUUAUGGAACUGGACAAAGUACACCAGCUGUUCUCGAAGUCAAAAGACGUGAGUUCUUCGUUGUUUUUUCAUGAUUGUAUGUAUGGUUUGGAGUGUUUUUCUAUAAUUUUUCCAUAUAUGUUUUUUCUUUCGAUCGUCAAACUUGAAAAUAAUUUCAGAGAAAACUUCAGAAAGUGAAAUUUCAAAUGAAAGUUUUUUAGGAGCUAUUGCGCCAAAAGUUGAUCCACCACGUCAAGUUGUUGAUCGCGAUCAACCAGCUCGAUUCAAAUGUUGGGUACCAGGAAACUCAAAUGUCCAGCUUAAAUGGACACGUGCUGAUGGUUCCCCACUUCCACAAGGAGCUCAAGAACAACAAGGAAUCUUGCACAUCAGUCGAACUACUGAACGAGAAAUCGGACAAUACAAAUGCACUGCCACAGAUCCAAAUGAUAACAUUCCAAGAGAAUCCGAACCAGUUGAUUUGUCAAUCAGAGAUCCAGGACCACCAGCUGCCCCACAAGUUGAUCCACCAGUUCAAACUGUUAAUGUCAAUGAUCCUGCUCAAUUCCGUUGUUGGGUUGCUGGACAACCAAGAGCACAAUUGAAAUGGGCUAGAAAAGAUGGAAGACGUGAGUUUUGCGAAGAAGAGUUGAGAAAAAUCAAAAAGUAUUAUUUUUAGCACUUCCACAGGGAAUUAUGGAGCGUGAUGGUUAUUUGAGAAUCGAUAGAUCACAAUUGAAUGAUGCUGGAGAUUAUGAAUGUAGUUACUCUCCUCCAAAUGGCGGACAACCAAUUCCAGCUCCACCAGCUAGAUUGAACGUCAAUCAACGUGAGUUUCAUUUUUUGAAAAAUUUUAUUUUUAUUCACAUACUUUUCCUUCACAUAGUUUAAACCACUUUUGUGUGAUAUUAUGAUUUCACAUUUUUAACCCGUUUUCCCGUCACAGCACGAUCCAUUCAACCUCUUGUUGAUCCACCCACUCAAACUGUCAAUGAAAAUGAGCCAUCUCGAAUUCGUUGUUGGGUUGAUGGACAUCCAAACAUUCAACUUCAAUGGGUUAAACGAGGACGUCGUCCAUUGCCAGGACAUGCUCGUGUUUCACAAGGUCAUCUCGAAAUUUCGAGAACUCAAAAGAGCGAUGAGGAUGAUUAUAUUUGUAUUGCAACUGACCCAACAUCUAACAGACCGGUUGAAUCAACACCAGCUAGAAUUAAUGUUAGAUCUCGUAAGUUUGGUGUGAAUAACUAUAUAUAAACCACAUCACAACACUUUCCACUUUUUCUUCUUUCUCUAUCCCUUUGUUUUUCUUUCCAGCACUUCGACCAAUUAUCGAGCCAAAUGAGCAAACUGUUCCACAAGGCAAUCCAUUCAGAAUUCGCUGUUAUGUCCCAGGACAUCCAAACAUUCCAUUGACUUUCCGUAAAACAGCUGGAAAUCUCAAUGACGACAAUGAUCAAGAAGAUGGAGUCUUCACAGUUGCUCGCGCUGAACUCACCGACGAAGGAGAUUAUAUUUGUACUGCUCGUGAUCCAUCAACUGGUCAACCAGUUGAUUCAACUCCUGCUACAGUUCACGUCACACCACCUUCCCCAGGAAACUUGGAAACACGUAUGUUGAAUAUUCAGUUUUUUCUCUAUUUUUUGUUUUAUCACUUUUCUUUCACCAAACGUUUGUAGUGCAGUGUUUGUAACCUAAUGUGAAUUCAGGUCCUUUGGUCCCUACAAUCAGACCAAGUGAACAAAUUGUGAAAGAAGGCGAACCUGCCCGAAUUGAAUGUGAAGUUCAAGGAAAUCCUCAUGCUGGAGCAUACCUUUCUUUCGAAAGAAUUGAUGGUCGAUCACUUCCAUUUGGGUCUAGCGAUUCAUCUGGUGUUCUUACUAUUCCAUCUGCUACUCUAUCCGAUGCUGGAAACUACAUCUGCAUCUACCGACCAGAAAACAACAAACCCUCAAAAACUUCACCAAGUGUUUUGAAAGUAACUCGUGGUGUGUUUUGAUUGUCCUUUCUUUAACCACUUUCCUAUCCAACGUUUUUUUCCCAUCACUGUCACCUUUUCAGCUGGCACCCCACCAAAUCCUGUUGCCACACCACCUUUGCUCCGAGUUGCACCAGGCGCACCAGCACAAUUCCACUGUGAACCAAAUUCGGACACACCAGCCCGAAUCAAAUGGUUCCACUCCGCAAACAAAAACCCACUUCCUGAGGGAGUUGUUCAAAACGGAGAAGAUAUUUUUGUCUCCGAAGCUGGCGAUGAUAAUAUCGGAGAGUACAUUUGUACUGCUGAAAAUGAGUUUGGAAGUGGAGAAUCACAACCAGUUAGACUGGAAGUAACCGAUGGUUUGUUUAUCACCGUUUUUGUUAUCAUUUUUCCAAUUUCUCUAUCCUUAAGUUCAAAAAUCAAAAUCAGCACAAAAAUAUUUGAAAAUAGUAACACUCUAGUUAAUUUUCAGUUCAAGAGCCACCAACAGCCGAAGUUGUCCCAAGAGUUUGGAAUGGGAAUCCGGGAGAGCGACAUCAAUUCAGAUGUAUCGUUACUGGAUCACCAACUCCAAAGAUCACUUGGACCGGACCCAACGGAACACCUCUAUCACAUGACGUUAGUGCGCUUGAGCCCAAUAUUCUCGACUUCUCCAACGGUAGAUCAGAACUCAACGGAAACUACACUUGCACGGCUUCGAAUCCUAUUGGAGAAGCAUCCGAUGUUGGUGUCGUCAAUAUCGGCCCAUCUCUCACAAUCAAAACCAAUCCACCAGGUCCAAAACUCAUUGUCACCGUUGGUGAGCCAGUGAAUAUUCGAUGCGAAGCAUUCGGAGCACCAGGAGAGAAAGAGCCAGAAGUUGAAUGGUUGCAUGAUCCAGGACCGGAAAGAGGAGAUUUGCCAGAUGAUUUCAAACCGGUUACUAUUUCUGAACAAUUCAUCAGACAUCCAUCGAUUGGAUUAGGUAAUGCUGGAUUAUACACUUGUAAGGGAACCAGUGAACACGCAACUGCCACAAAGAAUAUCAUUAUUGAAGGUAGAGAAAUAUUAAUUUUUUUUUCAAUUUUUCAUAUUUGAUUUUUUCAGUCGUCGAACCAUCCAAGAUCGCAACUGUCACUAUUCUCGGUGGAUCUAAGCAGAAGUUUGUUGCUGGUCGUGACGCUGAAUUGGUUUGUACCUCAACUGGAAACUCUUUGAUCGAUCGUUUGGAAUGGUCUCGUCCAGAUGCAGAAAUUUCAAGUGAUGUUGAAGAUCAUAACGAAAAUGGAAUUUUACACUUCGCAACCUUCAAAAACGGUUAUGCUGGAGAAUAUGUUUGUAACGGAUACCGUAAUGAUGUAUUGAUCGCAUCUGCUACUGUAGAAGUUCUUACUGAAGGACAAAGUGUUGACGAACCAAUUGUAAGCAAUGAAAAACCAAAUGUUCGAAUUGUUAACCAAGGAGAAAAUAUUGUUCUCAAAUGCUCAUCAGAAGGUUAGUUUUAUGAUUGGAAAUGAUUGAAUGUUUGUCUAAUACAUAUUGUGUAAUGUAAAUCUAAUGAUUGUGCAACUAACAGGUCCGAAUGAUAACAAAAAACGUGUACUUUGGUGGUAUACACCUGACAAUCUAACACAAUUCAAAAACGUCGCUAAUACUAACCAUUUACACUUGAAAAGCGUUGAUGCCUGUGAUCGGGGUUUUUAUUUCUGCACAUUGGAGGAAACAAAUUACGAAUUCGGAAAAUCGCCAAAUAUUGUGAUUGUGCAACCACGUGGCAUGAUAGGUAACUUGUGUCCCUUUAAAUAAUAUUAUUGUCCAUCGUCAGUACUAACUUGGAUCGUAUCUGUUAUCGAAGAACUAAUAAUAUGGAUGGUGAGACUAACUAUUCUGAAUAGAUCCACAGAAACUUAUAUAAAUUUUUUUCAGAUUUCGAGAAUGGAGAAAACUACAAGUGGGCUUUGUUGCGUGAUGGAAGUCUUGUCCGUCAACUUGGCAGUGAGCCAACACUUGAAAUCAACAAAGCAAACCCAUCAAACGAUUAUGGUGUUUACCGAUGCAACGUUGAAGAUAAUAAUGGACAUGUCGAAGGAAGUGCUUUCACAGCUGUUGCUGUUGGAUACGAACAAUCUAGUACUGACUUUGGGACCCAUUGGGAAAAAAAUCAAAAUGAAAACAUGUAGCUUCAUUAACAAAAUUAUUUUCAGAUUCUGUUGACUUCAAAUUUGAAGAAAAAUCCGAUGCCGUUUUGACUUGCCCAGUCUUCCAAGUUCCUGGAUCAAAGGUCGAAUGGACCUGGUCAUUGGGUGAUUUGCCAUCAAAUGCACAUCCAAAUGGAAAUAAGAUUGAGUAAGAACUUUAUUAUUCAAUAUUUAUCAAAGUUUGGUUGUUUUUUUCAGAAUCAAGGACUUUGAUGAUAGCGUUGCUGGAAUUUAUAUUUGCAAAGUUUCAAUUGACGGAAAUGAUAUCAAUGGAUAUGUUAACGCUCAAAUUCUUGUGCCAGACACAAUUAUCCAAGUUCUCCUUGAAGUCUCAUCUGAAUCUCCACAAAUCGGUGAUCGUGCCUGGUUUGAUUGCAAAGUCACAGGAGAUCCAUCAGCUGUUAUCACAUGGAACAGAGAAUCAAGCAAUGAAGAACUUCCAGCUAAUGCUCAGGUUAGUUAUUAAAUUUAAGAUAGAAGUUCGAAAAAUUUUCAGGAGAUUCCUAUUCUUAGAUUUGAUAAAAUUUGUAAUACGACAGUAAGUAGUGAUAGUGUUGUGUUUUGAUAUUUUCGUUGUUUAGUUCUCCUCCACCAAUAUUCCCUUUUAUGAUUUUUUUUUCGGUUAGCUUAGGCUGUUCACAUCAACCUUGUUAUGUUGAUAAUAUUCAUUUCAAUAAGCUCGAGCCAAAGAGUGCUUCUUUUUUCGAGAAAAACUAUUGAAGAUGUUUUCUCGAAAAAAUGUAUAAAAUAUUGUGUUUCAGGUAACUGGAGGUAGAUUAUUGUUCACUGGAUUGAAAGAGGAAGAUGCUGGAGUUUACAAAUGUAUCGCAAAGACAAAAGCCGGACCACUUCAAACACGAACAGUUCUCAAUAUCGGAUCCGGAAAACGCAAGCGAAAACAUUUGGGAGCUAGAAGAGGAGGGCGUCGCCUUAUGCGACACCGUCGACGAAAUGCGUCGCAACUUUCAGCGCGGCCGCAACAACGAAAAAUUCGCAAACUAAUCGGAUCGUGGUUUUGAUUGAAUCUAACCUAGUUUUUUUUUUGAAUUUUGAAUUGAUAAUUAUUGUGUGAUUUUUAUAUAACUUUCCCCGUUCCAGAAAAAAUAGAAAGAAAAGAAAAAAAGAAAACUGCCAGUUUUUUGCGUGUUUUUGUGUCUAUUGUUCUCAUAUUUUUACCGUUUUUAUUGAAUUUUUGUGGUGCUCUUAUUUCCUUUUUACAAAAAAAAACAUCCCAACGUUCCUUCAUUCAGUAGCUCAUUUAUAUUCCAAUCGUGUCUUUUCGAGUGUGUGUUUUCCUGCCUUUAUCAUAUAAAUAUGUACCGAUGAAUGAAUAAAAUUAUAAAAUAAAUUUUAGAUGAUGUGAGAUGCAUGGAUUGUUGUUUUUUGUUGUUUUCAUUAACAUAAUUUUUCGAUUCAAAAUUGCGCGCCAAUCUCUUCUAUAAUCCCAAUAUUUUUUUUAGUUAAUUUCAAGCUUGACGCAUUCUAUCGCUUAAAUUUUCAGCAUUGGAAAAUGUACCGCUCCCAGUUGUUUACACUGUUGGAGAUGAGGUAAGAACUUAAGACAUCUUGUUACAAGAAAAUUCGGCAAACAAUUCUAGGCUUAUUUACAAUGUCUUGGAUCUACUGAAACUAACCCAAAUCAAACUGCAACAUGGACAAAAGCAGAUGGAGAAAUUCCAGCAACAGCGAGAAUUGAACAAGGAGUUCUUAUUGUUCCGAUUGUUAACAGAGGUGAUGAGGGAAAGUGAGUUUUUUUAAUUUACAUAUGUGGAACAAAUUCUCUCACAAUUGUUGAAUAUUUAGGUAUAUUUGCACAAUAGAAACUAAUGUUGAUAAAUCAGCCGAAGUUUCACAAAUCGAUUUGCAAGUUGAUGAUUAUAUUCCUGAAAUUCAUGGCGAACCUAUUGAAUUGCCACCCUUGACAGAUAGUGAAAUUAGUAACUUCAACAUAAGAAUAAUUUUCAAUGCUUCUGACCCGAAGGGAGUUAUAUUUGGAACUCAAAGAAUCAAAUCUGGCGAUCUUCUAGAUGAUACUAAUGAGAAAAUAAUUUUUCAUGAAGCGAGAUUGGAAACUGAUGGAACUGUGAGAUAUGAAUUCGAAACUCCAGCCGGAAAAGAAGUUAUUGUUACAAGCAACAAGUUUAUUCCAAAUGAAUGGAAUGUUAUUGAAGUGAAAAAUGAUGGAUCAAGUGUGAAAGUAUUGUUGAAUGAUGAAACUACUAUAAAACAACAUAGUUAUCCAUUACCAAGUUUGCGAACUGGAGUAAAUCAACCACUUUAUAUUGGAGGUAAACUCGAUGGAUAUGAUGAACAAGAUAAUUUUGAUGGAGUUAUUAGUCAAGUCGUAUUAAAUGGUCAAAAUUUGCAUCUUGGAGUUGCUAGAGUUCCAGAAACUACUGUUAAAUUUGAUGUGUGUUUGAGUAAUCAGCCAUGCUUGAAUAAUGGAAAAUGUCGAAAUACAAAUAAUAAUCACGGAUUUGUUUGUGAAUGCGAAGAGAAAUUCUUCGGAGAUGUUUGUCAAUUCAGAACUAAUCGAUGCCACGAUGAAUUUUGUAAUACUGGAAUUUGUCUGGAUAAUGAAGAUACUUGGCAAUGUGUUUGUCCAAUUGGAACUACAGGAUUAAGAUGUGAAGAAACGUUAGAGGUUCAAAAACCCAUUGGAUUCUCGCAGGAAACUUCGUUUAUUGUUGUGAAAAAACCAGUAAAUCUCGAAAAAGUAAGUUAAAAUUCAAAAAAAAACAAUAAGUGAAUAUUGUAUUAUUUUAGAUUCGUUUGAAAGUCAAGCCAAACAAUGAUAACGAUGAACAUCUUCUAGUUUAUUUUGGAAACAAAUACGGUCCAAGAAGCAAUGAAUAUGUUUCACUUUCAUUAGUCGCCAAUCAGGUUGUUUUAACUGUCAAACAACCCGAUCAACAUGAAGUUACACGAAUUGAAACUGAACCGUUAGAGCCAGGAAAAAUGUUUGACGUUUCGCUGACUCAUAAUGAAAAUAUUCUAACUAUGGAGGUCAAUGGGGAAAUUGUAGAAAAGGUAUAAAAUUCGAGUAAUAAUUUCUAGGUUAAUGGUAUUUUAAUUGCAGCUUGAGACAAGUCAUAAAAUGAAUCCGGAAACUGGAAUAUUUGUUGGAGGAUUGCCACCAGGUUUAACAGCUCCACCAAAUGUUGUUGAAAAAUCAUUGAGUGGUUGUGUUUAUGAGAUUUAUGUAAAUGCCAAAACCGUGGAGUUGGAAGAUUUAUCAUCAUCAGGAGAUAUCACAAAUUGUGAUGAAAGUCAAUGGGAACCAGAAGAGACUACAACUACUACAACAACAACCGAAGAACCAAUUGAAACAACUGAAGAAGUUACAACAACUACUGAAGAAUCAUACAAUAUUUAUGAAACAUCUAGAGAUUCUGAACCUGUCACUAUUAUUCCACCAACUACAAAUACUCCACCACCACCAACUGCUGUGAUUCUCCCUACAGAUAGUUUUGAAGAAGAAGAGGAAGAAAUCACAACUGAAUCACCAUAUUAUGAUAGCGCAACACCGAUUGAAGGAACUUUGGAAACCAUUGAAAAUGGUAACAAAACGUUCCGAAAUGAUUUAUGCCCACCGGGAGCAUGUGGAAAUGAAGGAAUUUGUAUUCAGCAAAAUGAAACUCAUUAUGAAUGCCAAUGUAAAAUUUAUUAUGAUGGUCCGACUUGUAAUGUUUGUGAGUUUCAUUUUUCAUUUAAAGAAUUAAUUUAAAAUUAGCUGAUUUUUGCAGUUAGACCAAUCGAGCAUGCUGCUAGAUUUGAUGGAAACGCAUUCCUCGAGUUUCCUAACGAUGAUUUUCCACAUUUAACUUCUGAGAAAGACGAAGUUCUAUCUUUCAAAAUGAAAACAAGAUCUCCGAAUGGUUUGAUUAUCUGGCAAGGUCAACAUCCAUCAGUAACACAGAUGGAGGAUUAUUUGUCAGUUGGAAUUGUAAAUGGAUAUCUGCAUUAUUCGUGAGUUUCAAUUUCUCUAUGUCUAAUUGUAUGAAAAAUAAGUAUACAUUCUAGAUAUGAACUUGGUGGCGGUGCAGCUCAUAUGAUUUCAAGAGAACGUGUUGAUGAUGGAAAAAUUCAUCAUAUUCGAAUUGAAAGAAGAGGUCAGAGAGGAUUAUUGAAAGUUGAUAAUUAUGAAGAUGUUCCUGGAAGAAGUACUGGAAUUCUUGCGAUGCUCAAUGUUGAUGGAAAUAUUUUCAUAGGAGGCGUGCCUGAUAUUCAAAAAUCAACUGGAGGAAUUUUCAAUCGGAACUUUGUUGGAUGUAUCGCUGAUGUUGAUUUUAAUGGAAUAUUAGUUGAUCUAAUGGAAAGUGCAAUCGAUGGAAAAAAUGUGAAACCAUGUGAAGAAUGGGUUCAUCGAAAAAGAUGGCUUUAUAGAAGACGAUUCUUGUAA